AUGACGCGAGCCAAGCAGGCACUUGAGGGCUGGCGUUUCAAGCCUGCGGCGGCUGCCACACGCUUUCAAGGAAGGUCCCAUAGCACGAACCGAAGAGCCCAGAGUCGCAACUCUCGAUCCACUCGGAUAUCCGCCCACGCUCUCGACGACGAGCCCAAGUCGAGCCGUGUCGUCUCCAUCCCCGUGCCCGGCCCCCGCCUGUCGCUCCUGUCGGGGAUGACUGGCCUGCCUAACACAACCGCCGGCCACGACAUGCCUUCGAGUAUGCCGCCGCCGCCGUACAACGACGAUGCCGACGACGACGAUGACGCCACGCCGAGCGCGACCCCUGCAAACACCUCCCACGCCGCUGCCGCUGCCGCUGCCGCCUCUCCUGUCACUGCCGCCGCCAAAGUCCAGUCGCGCCCAAUGCUGCGUCCCUCGCCGCCGCUCAGCUCAAAUACUCCGACCAUAAAUGAGCCACCGCAGUCACCAGACGCCAGCGCUCCUUCGGUCAGUCCUGACGAGGCAGAAAUUGCACGCCUGCGUGCUGCUGUCACUGCCAGGAUGACCUCUAAUUUGCAGCGGGCAAAGGCCAAUUUAGCCGCUCAACAGCAGCAGCAGCAACAAUUCUUUCAACCUCAGCCCGACUCACUGGCGCCUUCCGUGAGCCGUUCCAACACUUCUAGCCAGGUGCCUCGUAGACCCUCGCCCAUCAAGGAGGAACAUCCCACUGUAUCUCCCCUCACCGCCGCCUUCAGCAGCCCGUUAGCCACCACUCAGACUGCCUCUACCGAGUCAACAUCUUCGUCGUCUCGUACCAUCCGCGGAAGCGCUGCUGCUACUCCGGCUGCUAUGCCCCUGCGCACUCCUUCGUAUCCCUUUCCAUACGUCCCUGGUACUCCGCGCACGUGGUCGUCGUCGUUCCAUCAACCCUUUACUGCCCUGUCGCCGACAGUCUCGGCCGCCCAAUCUGGUGACAGCAGCACUCCUGGUGGUGCCCCAAUGUCUGGUGCAACCACUCCUGCUGCUACUGGUGCAGCCUUUGCUCCCCACGACUUCGAGUUUGCGCCAAGUCAGGACCCUCGCUUCCCUACCCCAAAUGUAUACGAUCUUGUCUUGCAGCUCAACUCGGAGCCUGGCUUGGAAGCCUGGUGGUCGUCAGUGGCAAACAUCAUGAACGAUGUAUACAAGGCGGACCGUGCAAGUCUGGCUCUACCUGCCGACUCGAAUGAUAUUGAGAAUGUGCCGUGGGGUCAAAAGACUACAUUUAAUGUCGCUGGCCGCGAAGAUGAUUCUAGUGAAAGUCAGGCUUCAAUCCAGCCGGCGCCUUCCAUCACAUCCCUGCCUCCACGCUCAACUCCAGAUCCGUCUCCUUUGAAUCGCAUCCGCCCAAGCCUUGAAUCUCGCCAUUCGUACGCCGGAUUCACUUCUGCUGAUACACCGCAGCGUCCUGGGUCUGCAUUGCGUCCAAACAUGCCGUCACGCACCCUCAGUCAUGCGCCCAGCUUGACANACCCCCCCAUGCCGUCCCCAGGUCUUGAUUACCGCCUUCACAACUACCGUAGUACAUCCGUCAGCGAACCUGAAUUUAGUAGUGUCGGCGGCUACAGCCAGCCAACUCAGCUGGCUGUUUAUCCUAUAUUGAAGGGUCUAGAUUCUGAGGUCGACGGUCUAAUUGAUACGAGCGGUAUCAAUAGAGUGUUGGAAAGGGGCAAGCUGAUAACGCUAACCCGUGAUUAUUCAAACAAUGGUCAGGAUAGUCAGAGUCCAUCCAAUAGCUCACAGGAUGAGCACAUUGUUUCUGGACAACGUUCGACAAGAACAAAAGCCCAACAACCUCCACCACCUCCGCCGCUAGCUCAUACCACUAGCAAGCCAUCUCAACCCUUUGACAACUUCCGAACAAUUUUCUCACAGAUGGACAACAACAAGCGACGUGGUUCAGCCUAUGAAGAAUAUGAGCAAUACCCACCUUCGCCUUGGGCACAGUCACCUGCACCUUCACCCGCCAUGCAAGCCGAUCCCGAGAACAAUCCAUUCUUCAUUGCAGAGGAAAGUGUUGAAGACUCUUUCAACCCAUCUGAUGCCACUCAUGAUUACUCACAUCUAGAACCUGUUGAGGCCAUUGGCGUUGACCGCGCUCAUACCGUCGUGCAUAUUCCGCUUAUUCAUCCGACUCUCUCGCCGAUUAUGCACAACUACCAGUCACCAAAUCCAGAGUCCCGUCCGGACAGUCGGGCUCAGUCAAUGUCACAAGCAUCUUCCGGCGACCGAAGAGCUCCGAUUGCUAUUCUUUCGAUACUAAGUCCCGCAGUGCCGUACCCUCAGAACCUCGUACAAUCACUCAAACUACUUGGGCCGCAUCUGGCAACUUCCUACUACAUGGCCCAUCAGUACACUAAUGCACACAACCAAGCUAUGGGAAUUCGUCAUCGCAAAUCUAUCUCGGGUCAUAACAUCGGCUUUGCACCAUUGAAUAUUGCACCUGGAAAUCUGGACGAUCUCAUCCGCGCCGAUCUAGAUGAAGUGGCUGGAUCUAUAUCUGGCAGUAUGACUAGUCCCUCUGACUACUCUGGUCGAUCCCGCCAUAGUCCUUCUGGAUCCAUAGUCGGCACUCCUGGAUGGGACCCUUCAGCCUUCGGUCUCAAUACCAAUAGCAAGUCAGUAGCGGGUACGCCAGCUGGAAUACGAGGGUCGGAGAUUGUCGACAGCUACUUCGAUGCCAAGAAGAUGCACCGCUCAGCAGGCACAGCUGGCAAUCAGACCUCAUUGAUCACACCUGCGAAUGACAGAAGCAAGAGAGUAUCUGUAUCCGCAGCCGACGACGAGCAGACUACACCAAAGAGCGAGAGACGUCCUAGACAGUCUCGUUCCGCGAAAGAGGAGAAGUCUCCAUUCAGACCUGUUGGCCGUGAGCAGAGUCCCUCACGAACUGUUGAGAAUAGCGUGUCGAGAAAGCCCAGCUUCCGCAGCAACUUACCUCCCCCAACAAUUGUCGCGGAAGGUGGAGACAAGCGCCAUUCUGUGCUACACUCUUACGGUGCCGAUUUCAGCUCAUCUUUCCAGGGCCUCCCAGCUGCAACCACGCCAGGUCCCAGGACACCUGGACUCGCAACUCAUGUCAGAGCAAGCUCUGUCUCCGAAGACAUGCCCCCACCUUCAGAGCGUUUGUUGCGUACAAUCAUCGACUCGCUGCCUGUGCAGAUCUUUACCGCUGCUCCCGGCUCUGGUGCGCUGACUUGGGUCAAUUCCAAGUUCCUGGUGUAUCGUGGGCAUGAUUCUAGGCAGGUGCUGAAGGAACCUUGGCAAGCAAUCCAUGCCGAAGACAGAAGCAAGUACAUGGACAGUUGGAACCGAUCGCUACGGACAGGUCAGCAAUUGCAACAGAAGAUUCGUUUGCAGCGCUUCGAUGGUAACUACCGAUGGUUCUAUGUUCGAGCUGCACCUUUGAAGGAUAAGAAGCAAAACAUCGUUCACUGGAUUGGCACCAACAUGGACUUCCACGAACAACAUCUGGCCGAAUUGAACCUUGCACGUCAGCAAGAGACUGCUGCUUCUGAAGCAAAGUAUCGAGCAUUGGCCAACUCGAGUCCUCAGGUUGUUUUUACUGUCAACAAGUCGAGGGGUAUUACUUUCUGCAACUCGCAAUGGCUUAGUUAUUCCGGUCAAGACGAAUCUCAGGCCUUAGGUAUUGGCUUCAUGGAGCACGUCCAUCCAGACGACAUUGUCAAGUGCAGACUGCCAGCGUUCGACAAUGGCUCGGCAAAUGCUACCAACGUACCCACUACUAUGCCCNCCGAGCCACAACGAACCCAGUCUUCUUCUGCUCAAUCGUCGAGUGCUUCGUCAGAUACAGAACGCGCACCCACGAGUCCUCUGAACACAUCACCAACCACUCAGAUGCCUCAAGCAAGACUCUCUCAGCUGGCUUCUACCGGUAUCCUCAAAGUUUCAAGAGACGCAGACGGAAAACCUUCGUAUUCUACAGAGGUCAGGUUGCGCUCAAAGGACGGCGAGUACAGGUGGCAUCUCGUUAGAGUUUUGCUUGCAGAAAGCAAUCUCCAGGUGGACGAAGAGGAGACUUGGUACGGCACUUGCACCGAUAUCAACGAUCACAAGGCACUGGAACGUGAUCUGAAGGAAACGAUGGACGAGAAAUCUCGCUUCUUGAGCAACAUGUCUCAUGAAAUUCGUACACCUCUUAACGGUAUCACUGGUAUGGUCAACUUCUUGAUUGAUAGCAGUUUGACUUCGGAACAGAUGGAGCAUGUCAACAUCAUCAGAGCUUCCACUGAAGGCUUGCGUGGCCUAAUCAACGAUAUCCUUGAUCUUUCCAAGGCUGAGGCUGGCAUGAUUCAACUUAAUAUGGAUUGGAUGCAUGUGCGCUCCCUGAUAGAAGAAGUCAACGACCUGACUUCUGCAAUGGCAAUUGACAAAGGACUCGAGCUCAACUACCUGGUCGAGCCCAAUGUGCCCUCUCAAAUUAAGGGCGACCGAUUCCGCAUUCGCCAGAUCUUGCUCAACAUUAUCGGCAAUGCGAUCAAGUUCACACAGGUUGGCGAAGUAUUUGUUCGCUGCAGUGUGCCACAGGAAGAAGAAAACUUGCCUACCGAGGACUCGAUGUUUAUCCAGUUCGAGAUCAUGGACACUGGUCAAGGCUUUACCGAGAAGGAGGCACAGUACUUGUUCAAACGCUUCAGCCAGAUCGACGGAAGUAGUACUCGUCAACACGGUGGUACAGGACUCGGACUUGUCAUCUCGCGUCAACUCGCCCAACUGCAUGGAGGUGACAUGUAUGCAAGAGGUGUUCCUGGCAAGGGUGCUACCUUCACUUUUGUCAUCAAAACGACUUUGCCAGCCGGGGAUGACAAGCCACCACCACCCCCUGUCACUCCAGGUCCUGCCCUGCUACCUGUCACACCUUUGAUUUCUUCGCCUGUGCCAACGAUCACGCAAGACCCCAGGCAGUCAAAUACACUCAACCUUCCUUACAGAGGUUCGCCCAGGUUACUGUCGGACGGGACGGAUGUAUCGUCGCCAGACUUUGAUCGAUCGUCUCCGGUCGCAUCAUCCUCUGGCAGUUCGGACCCGUCGAUCAGAGCCGGUACCGUAGGUAGUGCCCAGUCAGCCAGGUCUUCUGCAUCUUCCUUUGUACCCGAUCCAUCGCUCCUGUCGCUGUCGCCGCCAAUCGAGCUCGCGAUCCCUUCCGAAGGCAAGCCGGGUCGCAUUGAUCCGCAUACUUCGGCCGUCGGGGUUGCAAGUACUCCAGAUGCGACCAUUCGGAUGGUCACACCUGGUGGCAGUCACUUGCCGCCUAUGUACUCGAUCCUGGUCGUGUGUCCACUCAAGCAUGCUCGUGAAGCCACUGUCCAGCACAUGGACAUGACGCUGCCCAAGAACAUCCCUCACAAGAUCACAGCGAGGGGGAAUGUAAUGGAAUGUCAGAAGAUGAUCGGCGGAGAUGAUCCGAUGAUAUUCUCGCACAUUGUGCUCGUCUUGCAGUCGGUACCAGAGAUCAUUGCAUUCGUGCAGCAAGUCUUUACUUCGCCUUCUCAUUCGUUAACACAACUGGUGCUCAUCACCGAUUUGCAACAACGACGAAAGCUUAUGGAGCAAGCACCACAGUUCGACUAUGAUGCUCUAGCCAAACAGAGGAGGAUGCAGUCCAUCUUCAAGCCGCUGAAGCCGAGCAAAUUCGCUGCCAUCUUCGAUCCACGCAAAGAACGUGAGAUGAGUACCGACCGUAACCAAGAUUCGGCACAACAGGUGGCUGUCAGCCAGAAGCAAGUGUACGAAGAAAUGAUACGGAGAUUGGGCAACAAGAACAAGCGAGUCUUACUCGUGGAGGAUAACCGAGUCAAUCAGAUGGUCCUUCUCAAAUUUCUCAGCAAGGUUAAUGUCAAGGUCGAUACAGUAUUGGAUGGUGUACAAUGCACUGAGAAGGUGUUUGCUAAUCCGCAUGGCUACUACUCCAUCAUUCUGUGCGAUCUUCACAUGCCCAACAAGGACGGCUACCAGACUUGCCGAGAGAUUCGUAAGUGGGAGAAGAAGAACAAAGAGCCAUACUUGCCAAUCGUCGCAUUGUCGGCCAACGUCAUGGGCGAUGUCUAUUCCAAGUGCGUGGAUGCAGGGUUCAACAGCUACGUGACCAAGCCCGUCGACUUCAAGGAGCUCAGUACAGUCAUGUUAACGUUCCUGGAUCCGUCGGACCCCAGCCAGCCAAUUGAGUUCAUGAAGCAGAAGAAAUGA